AUGCCCGAAUUCCUUGACCUUCCCGAAGAUGUCCACCUCCAAAUCUACAGCCAUAUCAUUGACACGGAUCUGAAAACUCGCUUCCGGUACGCUAAAGCCUGCCGCUACCUAUGGAAUUUUACCAAGAACUACCAAUCAAUCUCGAAUGAUCAUGUCAAGAUCUAUUCCAACUUUUGGAAGAUUUGCGCACACAUUCCGCCCACUUUCGAUGAAAUCCCGGAGAAAUUCACUCUCAAGAGCCGGACUGUGCAAGAACUGCUAUUUUCUCACAAGACCAUCCCCAGGCUCGAGAUCUACGACCAUAACUUCGAGCCCACGAUCCCCGGGCUGAAGACGACAUUCCUGAAGGUGCACAACGAAAACCCAGACCUCCUCCGAGUGCUCGAAAGCUGUAAGCCCGCCCAACAAUUUGAAUUCGUCUCCCUGCCCCGGCUUCUCAAAAGCGCCGGCAUUUUCGAGUUUCUAAACAAGUCAACGCAACGCCUCGAAUAUCAAAACCUUCGACAUCGCGAGCUGUUGAAGAUCAAAAUCCCACGGGCCCAGCUAAAAAUGGCGCACCACGCUGUAUUUCUCACCCAAACCUACUUUGACCAGUUGAUCGAACAGUGGCAGAAUGGCGAACGGGAAAUUGUCGAAUUCGAGGUCCGGAUGAAGCCGAUGACUUUUGAUGCGGACGACCAGAUAAUGAUCCACGAUUCCUAUCGUCGACCAAACGGACAACAAAUUAAGAUUGUUCGAUAUUUCGGCCAUAUGAAUUUUUAUGCUGCG